ACUUCCACAGAUUCAGUACAGCCAGCUGAUCUGAGAAUAUUUCUGGUGGGGAAGACUGGAGCAGGGAAGAGUGCAACAGGAAACACCAUCCUGGGGACAGGUGCCUUUACAGAAGAGGCCUCCUUUGUGUCUGUAACUGAAAAAUGUGAGAAACAGAGAGGAGUGGUGGAUGGGAGGAAGAUUGAUGUCAUCGACACCCCGGGGCUCUAUGACACAACAAUGUCUCAAGAAGAGAUGAAAAGUGAAAUAGAAAAGGCCAUCUACAUGUCAGUUCCAGGACCCCACGCCUUCCUGCUGGUGAUCAGACUGGGGAGGUUCACAGAGGAGGAGAGGAACACUGUGAAGUGGAUCCAGGAGAACUUUGGAGAAGAAGCCUCAAAAUACAUCAUAGUGCUGUUCACUGGUAAAGAUCAGUUGAAGGGGAAAACAGUUGAAAAGUGUCUGAAACCUUGUGUUGCACUUACCAGACUGAUCCAAAGCUGUUUGGGAAGGUACCAUUGUCUCAAUAAUGAUCAGAGGGAUGACCGUCUUCAGGUCAAACAGCUGCUGAGGAAGAUAGAAGAGAUGGUGGCAAUAAAUGGAGGAGAGCACUACACCAAUGAGAUGUACCAGGAGGUUCAGAAGAAGUUGAGAGAGGAGGAGGAGAGAAAGAAACAGGAGAUGGAGGAGGAGAGGAGGAGAAGGGAGGAGGAGAUACAGGAGCAAGAAAGGAGGAGACAGGAGGAAGAACGGUGGAGACGGGCUAAAGAAAAAAUUAAGAAAAUAUUAGUUUUAUCUUCAGUAACAGUUGGGACUGCAGCACUUAUUGCUGCUGAAACAGCAGUGGUUGUGGUAGCAGGACACAUUCUGUUGUCUGGGGCAGCUGUAUAUAGUAUAGUAUCUUGGGUAAAGAAGAGAAGACAGUAAAAAACAGAAGUAUGUUUUCUGCCCAGUGACCACAGAUGGAAAUUAGCUACUGUAUACAGAAGCCGGUACAAUACUUAUGCUAUUAACGUUAAGUAUGGUCCUUGAUGAAUUAAUAAACAAAGUAAGUUAAAAAUAA